AUGAAAAGUCGGCCAAAAAUUGAGAAUCUCCGAAAUUGGGUUGACGUAGAGCAGAGGAUUUUUAAAAUCAAAGCUGAUGUUUUGAGCGAGGAAAAACCCGAGAUUUUUUGGAUAAGGAAUAAGGUGGGGAUUUUGGGGAGGAAAUUUUGGUUUGGAGCGGAAAAAAUGAAUUUUACAUUGGUGAUUAUUCACUGUUUCAAAAAUUUUAUUAUCAACUACGUUUUUUAAGUGAACAUUAUACUGUUUCAAUUACGAAAAUUCCCUAGAAUUUAAUUUUUCAUGGAAAAAAAAAUCACUGUUUAAAAAAUAUUAUAAUAAUUUUUAAUGGAGUAAAAAUUGAUUACUCACUUUUUACAAGUUGAGAAAAAAAAAGAUAAAAUAAAUUGUUUCAAAAUUUUACUGCUUCAAAGAUUGUUUUCUUUUAAAUAAGACCAUAAUUCUUUUGUGAUUUUUGCAUUAGAAAUUGAACAAUCGAAUCACUUUUUUCAUUAAAAAAAUUCCCAGAAAUUCACUUUUUCGAAUUUUUUAUAAGAAUUUUUCCUUGAAAAUGAUGAAUAAUAAUUAUGGUAUAUAGCAUCUUUUGAAGAAAAUACUCGUGUUGGAAAAUACUGUUAGAAUAAAGUUUCAAAACAAUUUUCUAAUUGAAAAAAAUCCUCAAAAAUUCACUGUUUCAAAAUUUUGAUUUUUUCUUGGAAACAAGAAACUUAUUGUUCCAUAAAAUCCAAAACUCCGUUAUUUUCAUGAAUCCAAAAGAAUUAGGGAUAAAGUGUUUCCCGCUAAAAAUAAGCAAAAAUCCUAAUUUUUUCCAGGAUUUUCUAUGCCAAAAAAAAUAAAAAUCAGAUUUUUCAUUGCAAAAAAUUUGCUGUUUCAAAAUUUUAUUAUCAAUUUUUCUCGAAAAUUAAAAAUUGUUAAAAGCUCGAAUCCUUGUAAGAAAAAUUGUUUUUCUGAGUAAAAAAAAUCUAUGCAGAUUCGCUACGUGGAAAUUUUUUUCAAUACAUUCUCUCACGAAAAAUUUAAUGUUUUAUAAAUCUGCAUGGAUUUUUGAGUUUUUGAUUAUCAAUUUUUUAACGUAAAAUUUGAAAGAACUUUCAUAUGUAAAAUUUUGGUAUUAAAAUUGUUGGCCCCAAAAAAAUCACUGUUUCAAAAUUUUCCGGAAAUUAAAAAAAAAACACAAAUUUAUUGCAGAAACAAAUCGCAUGUGAACCACCAUAUAAAACAGUUCUAAAACACGAAUCACCCGGAAAAUGGAAAGCAAUUCUAAAAAGCAAAAACUCGAAAAACACACAAAAAGGUCUGUUCGAAUUAGUGGCCAAAAAUGCGUGUGGAACAUCGAUGACUCAGAUUAACGUGAAAUUAAGAGGAUUUUCACGACCUGAAAUAUCACAAGAACUUCGACAAAAUGUCGAUUUGGAUUAUCAUCGAGUUUUGACGGUUGGAAUUCGAAAUUUGGAUGGAGAUUAUGAAGUGAAAUGGAUGAAAAAUGGAGAGGAAAUUCGAGAGGAAAAUGAGGAGGAUUUCAAGAUUUCGGAAAAAUCCGGAGCGAUUCAUGAGCGCAUUUUUAGCCUCAAAAUUUUCGAUGAUUUUUUGAUGAUGGCAAGUUUUGAAUGUGUGGUGAAGAAUUCGAGUGGAACAAUAUGUUGUCAAUAUGAAUUGGAACAUGGUGAGACGACGGGGAUUUUGGGGUGAAAAUUUGUACGUUUUUUUUUAGCUCAAGAGCUCAGAAAAUGAUUGAAAAUCCGUUUUUCAGCAGAUUUUCAGCCUGAAAAUCCAUCUAAAAUAAAGUUUUGUUGAAAAAUUCCUGAAAUUUUCAUUUUCUACUGAUUUUCUGCUCAAAAGUUGAUUGAAAAUUCAAAUUUACAGCCUUAUUUUGAACUAAAGAUCUGGCUGAAAUACCAAGUUCUAAAAUUUCGAAGCUCAAAUUUCAGUUGAUUUUUUUCCAGACCCCAGACCGCCAUAUUUAUACGAUGAAGUCAAAAUUGCUGAAAGUGAUAAUUGUAAUGGAAUUACAAUAACUGUUCCAUUUGUAUCGCAUUUUCCGGAAAAUGAGGUGAGCUUUUUUUUUAAUUUGAAUUUUCCCACGAAAAUCAUGAAAAGUAGAUAAUUUUGAACCAAAACAUGGAUUUUUUCAGAUUCGCUGGACAAUUGAUCGCUCGCAUUUCGGAAACGACAAUUUCCUCGCGGAAAAUUAUCGCUGUACAGUAUACCGAAUGCGUUGGAAUCAAUACGAAGCUCAACUUCAAUUUUCGGCCAAAAUCUCCGAAAAUCGCAAAUAUCGUUGCGAGAUUUGGAACGAUACGGGAAAACUUGAAGCGUUUGCGGAUGUACGGAUGUGUGACAGUUGUGAAGAGGAAAAUCCGGAAUUUUUUGAAAUUAAACACUUGAAGAAGUUUUGA